CCAUCGGUUCUCAUUCGUUCAUUUAGUGUCGUCCAACGCGGAGCUGUAAUAUAGUUAUUGUUAGGUAUGUACUUCUCAUACAUUUUCUGCUAUGCUCUGCUCGUUGCAUUGGCCUCCUCGUCGACGUUCACUCCACCCGACAUAUUGUGGUUGGACGAAGGAGAAGUCUGCAAGAAGAGUUUAAUUUCGGGGAAAACUCACGUGUGCAAAGUGUUGGACGACUGCAAGACGGCCAUUCAGGACAUUAGGGACAACGUUAAGUAUCCGACUAUUUGCAGUUUCAAAGGCAAAAUGCCAGUGGUGUGCUGUGCGCCAGAGACUGUGACCAGAGAAGAAAGACUAGCCAUAGACGAAGUCAUUCCGGAAGUUUUACCCGGAAUAACACUGCAUUUUGAAAGCUACAAAGAUGGAUUGGUCGAAGAUAAUCUCAUCACCUACUCUCGACCCCGUCGUCAAAUUGUGUCACGAAUCCGAUAAAACACACGAAUAAUAUCACGUGAACAACGCAAUGCACAUUUUUAUGAAUCGAAAUGGCCACUGAAUUCGAUUCACAUUCCAUACCGAAUCACAGACGACAUUGUGCCGACAGGUUGCUGCUCCAGCCCACAUAUUGUUAUUAUUAUUAUUAUUAUUAUUAUUGUCCUACUCACGAAUUGGCGAGGAAGAAAAUUCACAAGACAUGUGGUACGAUCGUACGACUCAUAAUAUUAUAACAUUUUAUUAUAUUAUUAUAAUAUUAUCGUUACGACAUGCUGACUCUCCUUCGCAUCACACCACUCGUCGGUCUACGGAUUUUAUCACUUUAAAAAAAUACAAAAUGAGUAUACGACUGUGUUCAGUUAUAUUAUAAUAUGCGGAUAUCGUCGGCUUCGUUUAAUUGCACUGCAUUAGUCACCGGCAAUGUUUUGGAAACGGUUGCAUUUUCGCAUCGAUUAAAUAUAAUAUUUAAGUGGUCUGUCCGAAUUUUUAUCACCGAAUCCGCCGGUGGUCGCAUAUAAUUAUUAAAACACCACGAUGGCAUGAUACCUCAAUACGAAAUAACAUAUAACGUGUAUAGCACAUAAAGCAAUGUUUUGAUUUUAUGCAGUCAAGCCGAGGAAAAUAUCUCAACCGCAGCGACCGCUUUAUGGUGCACCGAAGAUAAUAUAAUUUUGCGAUACAAAUUUUGCGCGGGAAACAGGUCAUACAUCACAUAAUAUUAUAUCCACAGUGGUAUCAUUGUUAUUUUUUUUUUUUUAAAUUAUGAUAAUAAUGUACAAGACUUGUCUGAGUAUGAUGGGACCGCAAUCUAUUGUAACACAUGUAUUUAGGUAUUAUCGUUUCGAACGCGGCUCCACUUUCGACGAUUCGUCGUGAUUUACUUAUGUACAAUUUUGUUUUACGUUUAUAUAUGGGUAUAAAAAAAAUAUGUAACUGAUAUCGUAAUAAUACUUUAGGUGUUCUGCAGUAUUGUUUAUUUGAUAUUGCCGAGUUCAGUGAUUGGCCGAUAUAGAACACAUUAUUAUUAUUAUUAUUAUUAUUGUGAUAAUUAUAAUUUAUAUUGUGCUAUAAUAUGUAUACCUACGA